AUCCGUAUAAAUAAUCACCUUGGCUAGCCAGUGCAUGCAGAAUUUCAAAAAUAGUCGUGCGUGUGUGCGUGUGUAUUGAUGUUUCUUGCAUUGGAUUGCAUCUGUAAUACUCCAAAGGGCCCCAACUGAAUACAACACGCCCCGUUCACAAGCUAGGCAGUGUGGGUGAACUGCUUCACCCUUUACAUUAGUCAAGUACGCCCAGCGCCAUGAUGGCUUGUAGAUGUAGCUGACGUGUUAAGGCCGGGUCUGAUUCGAUGGUGAUUUGAUGGAGGUCCGCUUCGACUAGUUAUCAUCAUCAUUAUCAUCAUCAGAGAGAAUGCUGCACGCAUGUAUGCAUGCACGGCGCACAUAGGAAAUGCAUCUUGGAUACAUGGACAGUGUGUAACGUAUAGGCCACCGCCUUGCAUCUCAGACCGAGACUUAUAUUCACUCAACAGUGUGGUUAAUGUCUGCUGGUUUAUGUGAAGUCUUUAAGAAGCCGGCUACGUACAAGAUGGAUGCUCUAAGGUAGCUCUUCCUCCUGCCUGUCAUCUGUUAGAUCACUCACAUCCUAGGAGUGCCCGGUUCCUCGGCGUCUCAAGACAUUUACCUGAUAGAGAACAGAAACCAUCCACUGUUCCUUAACCAAGGUAACCAUAUGAGUACUGUACCAAGGAAAAAAGAUGUGGACGAUAAAUUAACUGGAUACCUGAAGGUAAUGGAAGGCAUAUGUACACACUGCACCGGAAGGUUUCAACAAAAUUAUAGCUCGAUUGAACUGGUAUAAUGUACUUGGAGCCAGGAUUUUAUAUCUCAUAAGUAGAUCUUGACAUCAUUCUAAGACUUUUAAGAUUUGAGAAGAAAUCUUGUGUAUUUAUCGGACCUCUUCAUCCUCCAUUUGAUACUGUGAUGAGAAAUACCUACAAGCAGUUGGACGUCUUGUAGUUAUUUUGAAUCUACAAAGCCCACCAUUGUAAGGAUUUUACUGCCAUGACUUGGACCCGCAAGGAUCGCGGAUCAUAUUCUUCAGUGAGCCAGUUUGAUCCCGAUUAUUUCAUGUCAACUGACGAGGGUUCAGAAGACUCAAACUAUGGCCGGCCGUCAGAUUCUGACCUCUCACUGGAUGAGGAGCGAGAGGCAAUCAGACGGGAGACGGAGAGGCAAGCCCUCGCUCAGCUUGAGAAAGCCAGGACGAAACCAGUGGCAUUUGCUGUUAGGACGAACGUAGCGUACGACGGCUCGAUAGAUGACGAUUCACCAGUGCAAGGCUAUGCCAUCUCAUUUAAAACUAAGGACUUCCUUCAUAUCAAAGAGAAAUAUAACAAUGACUGGUGGAUCGGCAAACUGGUACGAGAAGGGGUAGAUGUUGGCUUUAUUCCAAGCCCUGCGAAGCUUGAGAAUAUGAGGAUACAGACAUCAACGAGUAGGACCAAACUCAUGAACAACCGGAUGCCCCAGUCCCCAUCUGGGCGGACAAAUUACCUUCAGAACAAAGCCUCAACCCUACCCCUUAACAGCAAAAGUAGUUACCCAACUUCCCCACGUCAUAGCAGAUCCACCAGCGGCCUGAGCUCCACCUCUAACCUGGGUGACAUCAUGGGACUGGCAAACACAAAGAACGCCAACUCGAGGGGGUCUACGCCACCAACGCCUGGUGUAGACUUGGAUCAAAACGGCACGGCAGAUGUAGAUGACAAUGAGUCGCUGAGUAGGUCAAAGAGUAGCACCAUCUCACCACAACCCAAAGAGAAGAGGAAACCAUUCUUCAAAAAGACAGAGAAUAUACCUCCAUAUGAUGUAGUCCCUUCGAUGCGCCCGGUGGUCUUAGUUGGUCCAUCGCUGAAAGGCUAUGAAGUGACCGAUAUGAUGCAGAAGGCUUUAUUUGACUACCUCAAGCGCAAAUUUGAGGGAAGAAUAUCAAUUACAAGAGUAACUGCAGAUAUAGCACUAGCCAAACGUUCCGUAAUGAACAACCCCAAUAAGCGUGCAAUAAUGGAGCGUUCAAACAGCCGCUCCAACAGUAUAGCGGAAGUCCAAGCUGAGAUUGAGAGAAUAUUUGAGCUGGCCCGCUCUCUUCAGUUGGUCGUGUUAGACUGCGACACCAUCAACCAUCCCGCUCAGCUAUCAAAGACUUCCCUUGCCCCGAUUCUCGUCUACGUCAAGAUCACCUCUCCGAAGGUUUUACAAAGGCUGAUCAAGUCACGAUCAAAGUCGCAGAGUCGCAACUUAAAUGUGCAGCUGGUGGCAGCAGAUAAACUUCAACAGUGCCCGCAUGAGCUGUUUGAUGUCAUACUAGAUGAGAACCAACUUGAAGAUGCAUGUGAACAUCUGGCUGAGUAUCUUGAGGCAUAUUGGAAAGCAGCGCAUGGUCCAGAGCCAACAACACCACCGAAACCAACACCAGCUCACAACUCUGUCUCGCGGACAUCCUCACCACUUCACAGUCUACUGUCUCGUGUUGGAUCCCAUAGACAUGACAAGCAUAAAAGGAAAGGAAAAGACGACCACGACGGCCAUAACAAUGACCGUUACGACAGCCAUCAAGACCAAUAUGAUGAGAGUGGAUACCGAAGCAGCGACUGUAGGCCAGACUACUCGGAUCGUCGUGAUGAUCGCGACCACGAUGACGACAGAGCGUUAUCACCUGAUGAGCGCCCUCGACGGUCAAAUGAUUUAUAUAAUAAUGAGCGGAAUGCCCCUUCAUCACGAGAUCAACAUGAUUAUGAUCAUGAGUAUGACCACAGGCGUCACCCGCGAGACAGGACUCGUGAUCGCGAUGUUGAGCGGGGUCGCGAUCGUGACCGUGGGUACGACCAUCGCAGCGGUGGUGCUGACCCUAGGGAAAGCUCCAGAGGAUCCAGGGACAGGCUUAAUGUUGAACGCGAUGCAGUAAGGUACGAGAGCGAUUAUCAAGAGCGUGGCUCACAACGAGAACACUAUGACCCACGAGGGCGCCAUGACUCAUCGGAUAGGUCUCGAGGAGGCAAUGCGGACAGGGACAGGUACCCAGAACGAGGAAGUGGUACUAGCAGUGGACGUUCCAGAACACGGGAUAGAGAUAUUGAGAUGGAGGACAUGUAUGAGCGUGCUUCUCGCUCUGGCCCGUACCCAGACCAGUAUUCCCACUACUCAGAGGGUCCUCGGGAACGUAUACCUCGUGACCCUUCACCCUCUCCCAGGUCACGUGGAGGCCGACCUUAACUUGCCGGGAAUCUUUUCGGACACCUAAGAAUUGACCUUGGGCAUCUGAUAUUUCCGUUGGCGAUUUAGCUCUCAUUAUCUGAGAGCAUCCAUUGUGGUGUUGACUACCAUCUUAUGCUGGCCUUGUCAUCAGGAACGUCAUUUGAACUUGUGACCUUACAGUCUGAGUGACCUCUAUGCAGGUCGUGCACAAGUUCACUGGUAACCAAGGUUUUGUAGGCUUAACUAUUGCUGAAGAGCUAUGUCAGUUUAGGCAAUGGAUGGGAACAAUUUGAGGUCUGAAGGGUCGGAGGACUAAGUUUGGUGAAUGUUUUUAUUUUGUAAGAGUUCACUUAGUAUCACUAUGUCAACUUCAGAGCUUUCUCACAUGUAUUAUUGUUUUACUUCAAGAGGUGCUGUUGGAAAUUCUCACAAGCGUGUGUAGAUAUGGUACCCUGUAAUUCUGCGCAUUGUUACAAAAAACCAAAGGUAUGUUUUGAGAUACAUGUAAAUGCCAAAAAAAAAAAAAAACUAAGAAAUUGUGUCACUGUUGAUGGGUCAUCUAUAGUGACCUAGCUGAUCGAAAAAGCUGGUUAACGGCAAACCUAAAACUUGGAAAUCACCAAAUUUGGUUCUAGUCUGGCUCUAAGGACCUCGUGGACUGGGCUAAAUCCAACAGUGCUUUUAGAAAGAUAGGGCAACUUCACAAACCACAGCCGUUUGUGAGCUCUUGGGUAUUUUAUGUCACACUGUUGGUUGUUAAGGCUGUCUAGCGCCCAAACUCCUGUGCGGAUCUCGGAUUCAAAAUGCCAGGGAGAGUAAACCUCAUUCACUUUGGACCUGAUUCUCUGAGGUGUUAGGAAUAUUUAACAACGUUAUGUCUACAGUGGAAUAUGAGCUUUCCUGUGGUGUUGUAUACAGAGAUCCAUUGCCUCAGUACUAACUUGAUAAUAGUCCAGUACGUCAACGGACACCUACAUUUAUAGCAUCUGGCGUCGGGGUGUUCAUGGAUUGUUUGUCAAUCUAUUUCAUGGACCAGCCAUUUGGGGGUUUGUUUUGUACAAACUACAAGAGUCAAAGGGAGUGCUUAAAUAGGCUGGUGCCUGUACUAAGCAAGUGGCUCUUCAUAGAUAUAGUAGUUUGUGCUUUAGGGUACUCAACUUUUGGGCAGCUGUGAAUAAACUUUUGGGACGAUCUGAAUUUUGCUGGUUUAGAAAUGGAGAUGGUUUGUCAUUCUGGUGGCUCCGAGACUUGUCUACACACUUGAAUUCUGGUCGGGUAUGUGAAGUUCAAGUUGUUUUAUGGAACAACAGAUUCUGCUUUUAAUACUGACAUCAAAACAUUUUAAGGCUGGAGUAUUCAUCUUUGAAAACUCAAAAUCAAAACUUGUAAGCUAUUGACACCCAUCGGUUUGUUACCCUCCUCACGGUCUACUGUCUGCAGCGAACAAACUAUUGAGUAAAUAAUCAAGUAGAUGAUAUAUUUCUUUUGAUUUCUCACGCCUUACGCCACGUUUCAACGCUCAUCUUAAUCCUCAUGGCAAGGUUGUAUUGGAAAGGAGUGUUGUUUCAGUAAUGUAAAAUGUGUAAAGUAAAUAUCAAUUGGUCAAUCUUGGGAUCGAUUUUGGUUGUUAUUUAUUUUUAUGUGUUUUUUUCAGUUUUAAUUUCCCAAAUUUUCUUUAUUGUGAUGUUGAAAAUCAAUUCAACUUUCAGUUGAACACAAUCAGAUCCUUUAAAAACAAAACGAAAUAUGUAUCCUGUUUAGAUUUUUGAAAGGAACCAACAAAGAAAAUAUAUUGAACUUUUAUCGCAAACUUUUUUGCAAAAUGUUAUUGCGCCCGAAAAGAAUUACUUUGGUGUCCAUGAAAACAGAUCGUUCUCAGAUACAGACAAACUGCAUGUAAUGGGCUAAAUAAUAAAUAAAAUUGUAAUGGUGAUAUUGGUGGUCUGUGCUCAUAAUCAUAACUGUAAUAUAGUUCUAGUAAGUGGAGUUGUACUAUUUUUUAAAUAUGCAAACCAAAUCUUUCCAUAUAGGUCAAAAAUGUUGUAUGAGUAGAUGGCUAGGGAAGUGUAUUGUAUUUAGGCUGUAUAUAUACACCAUUGGUAACAUGCUCAGUGUAAACGCAGUGGUGGUACACAAUGUAAUGUUUUUCAUUAUACAUGUACAUGUAACCAUCUAAAAAAAAAAUAGCAAUCUGAAGUGCUUCCGUUUUUUGAGUAAACAAAAAUUUUCAUCAAUGGCGGAGAGAUCACCAAGUAGUUGAUCUUUGCUCCCUAAAUGAUCAGUAAUUAAAUUUGGGUCAGGAAUUAAAUUAAGCAGUUUAUCUGAAAAAAAGGGAGAGAGCAUUCAUGGAGCUUAAAUUUUACAUGUAAGUCAUGCUCAUAUGGGCGUUUCACCCAUUUGGGAUAAUUUGAUACGCUGGUUGACCCCUUCUCCUCCAAUGGAGGUAUUGCUGUUCCCCAAUCGGGUGCUGUUCCCCAAUCGGAUGUUGUUACCCAAUCGGGUGCUGUUCUAACACCUUGUGAUUUAGUCUUUAAAGAGUAUAAAUUUUACUCUGCUGAACAACCGACAGACAUUUUGCCAAUGGUGUAGUUUCUCUGUGCAUGAACUGUAGAGGGAGCCCAUUCCUGUGCUCAUCGGUUUAAGGGCAGAGCCAUUUUGCUGAUAGGGUGGACAAUUUCAUCAUUGAAUGGGACAGGGGCGGAGGAGGUUACGGUGAUCACAACACUAGCUAUUCUGACUUACUGGACAUGGGACCAUCAUUGUGUUUCAAAAAUCCUUUUCUAGCCAGCCAUAUUUUGUCAGCCUAGGUUGGUCUCCAUUGUUGGAAUUAUUAGCCUCAAAAGCACGCUGUUGACUUUUAAGUUUUUUUCAUGUACCAUCAAUAGCAAGAGACCUUUUUUAUACAUUUGCAAGAUGACCACCAGUGAAGUGUAUUCAGUCAAGUUCUUCACUGGUUGGUGUAUAAUCUCUGAUGCUUCCAAACGGGCUGUAAAUGCAACCUACAUCUAUUGAAUACAAAGAAAAUGUUGUUCAAGUUACAACAAGUCAUGUCUGGCAUUGCAGUCGGGUUCCUUCCUCCUCCCUCUUGUCCAUCUCAGUGCCCCGUUCCCUCCCACUGAGAAGCUCAAGUUCUGCACGGAGAAUAUACGGUUCUUUCUCAAGAUUUUCAAAAUAACUUGGUGACCAUAAACAGUUUUAUAAUGGUAUGGACCUGUUUAAUGUGGAAGUAGGCUGUCCGACGUAUAUAUCUCCAUAAAAGUUUAAAGAAUGAAAUUAUAAAACCCACACUUUUUAUCUAUGCAUUUUAGCUGGUUAAAGUGUCCAAGCUGGCAGUUUUGUGGAAUCUCUCAAAAUAAGCACACAUUAUAUAAAUAUAUAAAUAUGAAAAGUGAAUUGUACAUGUUUGAGAUGAUCGACGGUUAUUUAAGCAUCUUAGACGUAUUGCUGUAUUUAAAAAACAAAACAUUUUAGCACUGUUUUGGCAAAACCUCAAGGAAAUGAAUUUGCAUUGAAUUGAGAGAUUUGUAUGAAUAAAUCAGAACAAAUAACCAAGAACUACUGACAUUAUGAGCACAAUAUGAAGGCAGCAGUCAUAGCUACUUGCUAUUAGAAACAUUGUUUGAACCAAUCAGUCAUUGAACUUUGAAUGGAAGAGGCAGGGCAGUUUAGUUUGUAAUAAGAGUCUCAAAUUGGUGUAUUGAAACAUUCAAAAUGCACCAAAGCAUUUGUCAAAGGUAGUUAUGUCAAUGAAGUUGAAUCCAUGUAUUUCCGAGGAACUUAAGAACAAGAUAAUAGACAUGGAGAAAAAUUGUUUCUUCUCCUUGGAUGCAACCAAGAACCGAAUGCAUCUGCUGUUCAGUUUAUUUUCAGAGCUGUAAUGUCUAAGGCAACAUGUUACCAAGGAGGGGUACACUGACAAACUGCCUGGGUUUUUUUCCCCAGAGAGUUCAAGCCUUCAGAAGAGCAAAACAAGUUCUCGCUGUCGUACUUUUCACAAAAGAUGUACUAAAAUUAAACGAGAUAAACUAGGAAACAAGUUAGUAUUACCUUCAACUUUUUAACCAAAAACAUCCCCUUUUUCUCUUUUUCUUGUUCAUCAAAUUGUCAGGGUCGUUAUAUUAUUUGUGCAAUAACUGUAGAUUAAGGCAUUUGGAAUGCUGUUUUUUCAAUUCAGUCUAUAUAACCAUGUGUAUAGUCUAACCGUAAGUGUAAAGAGGGCAUCGGUCUCAAACUGCCCUAAAGCUGUGUAUCAAACAAACACAAUUACUUAUUCAUGUAUCAAAAAAAGACAGUUACUUAUUCAUAUACCAAGAAAAACACAGUUACUUAUUCACACAGCCAACUCCCUCGACUGUUUCCACUGAAAAAGACUGAAAGGCAGAAAUGUGAUGAUAUGUAGCUAUUUUAACUUGUAUGGUGCAAUACUUGCUGGGCAAAACGUGUACUGAAACAAAAGACAAUCUGUAAAAAAAAAAAAAUAGGCAUCAUAUUUAAUCCAAACUGUGAGCAAGGUAAGCUGUGCUUGACGCUGUGCGAUUUAAAAUCACAUUUUAACUACAAGUGAUAUUGACUUAAACUAAUCAUAUGUAUUUACAUGUAUACAUUACACAUUUCAGAUAGCCUUAUACAUAUAUACGUAUAUAUGUAUCUGUUGAUAUUAAUGUAAACAUUUAUGAUUGUGUAUACAGAUAUGUGGUGUUUAUAAACAAUCAAUUGGGUCUCCCCUUUUCAGUUGAUUUUUGUUUUAACCUGUUGUCAACCCCCUGUUCUGGUUUCAGGUAGGUGAUCAAACUUUGGAAUGUUUUAAGUGACUUGUAUUGUGAGAACAAGGUUGAAAUGGUUUCCGAAUUGGAAAUUCAACAAAAAACUUCAAAGGAGAUUUGAAAAGAGAUAGAUUUCUUUACUCUCAGACAGAAAAGCUGGCUUGAUCCAAAAACUAAGAGUGUGACUAAAAUGGCUGUUAAUGCUUUAUUUGCCAACCGUUAAACACUGUCGCUUGAGCCAUGAUGUAAAAGCCGCUUGUUCAUGAAGACCGUAUGCACAUGCACCUUACUCUGCCUCUUCCGCAAAUGAAGGACACAAUGUAGAAGUCCAAAUUGCAGAAACAUUUCAGACUUUUGUUGGACUUAAUGGGUGAGACUUCAUGGAUUGGUCUGUUGAUGUUCAAAGGACACGUAUUAAGAUCAAAUUAGGAAAACUUGUUCUCACUGCAUGAUGUUCUUCACAAGUAUUUUCUGAUUGCCUAUUCAUGAAUGUUUGGGACAGGCAUUGGUAAUGAGUCGCUCACUCUCAUUGAAUCAAUAUAAAGUACACACUAGACCCUUUCACAAUGCUAGCGCACAUACACCCGCGUCUCUUGUCAACCAUUUGGUGUGUCAAAACAGGCACAAAAGGAUGGUACACGUGUUUACGCACCUCCGAACAAUGCGCAUCUACCAUUUCUGCCUUUUUGGGGAGUCUGUUCCCUGUUUGCAUGUUUUGACAAACAAAAUGGCAGAUAUGAUACUGCCAUCCAAUCAGAGCACUGCAAAUUUCAGAUUGUCAAAUGAUUUGUUGAAUGAGAGGUAAUGACUGCCUAAUGCCUGGUAACUUUGCAACUUUUCAUGAAAAAUCUUAACUUAAAAACUUGCAUAUCACUUACAUGACAAAUAUUGUAUCGUAAAUGUAAUGGUGUAUUACGCCAUUGCAACACACAACUUUAUAUCUUUGAAUCAAGCACACUGAUGGGGAAUGCCAACCUAGAAGCUCAAGUGUUUUGUGAAUUGUUUAACCUUUGAACUGUGUAUUCUUUCUUUUUGGACUUCCAAGUCAUUGCAUUUUAUGAUGUUUAUAGUUUUGAUUAUCAAAACAACAUUCUUUGGGUUAACAUUGUGUAGCCUCACAAAAAAGACCCCCCGAAAUUGUAUUUAUAUAAAGAUGUUUUUUUUCUCCAUAUAAACUGAAACAGCUAUUUGUUGAUAAUUACUUGGUUCAAAUGUUUCCUAUAUAUUGUGCCUUUUAUUAUUGUUAUUAUUAUUAUUAUAUACAUACAAAUUGUAUUAUAAAUGCAUAUAGUGGGUUCAUAAUUGAGAUUUUUCAUACUUUUUAAUUUCUGUUGGCCCAACUCCUGUUUUCAACCAGCACUUGUUUUUUAUUGUGAGUUUCUUGUUUUAACUUUUAAUGUUCGGCAAAGUGUUUUCUCUACCCCUUGUGGGAGUACAGUAUUUUUUAUGUAAAAAUGAAACGGUAAAGAUGUAUUUAUUGAAAGAAGGCUAUCGAGAGUGGCAUAUCGGAUUCAUGUAGUAGCGAGGAACUAGCAGGGGCUAUUGAUGUGAAGUUAUCUGUUUGUUGAUGUACUAUGGUCAUUCUUAGAGACAAAGUAGAACAUGGGUACAUGGGAGGCAUGCAUUCAUUUCGAUCUGCUGGUGUCAACAAUGGGUUCCAGAAUGAAUAAUUCAUCUUCAGGUGUGCUUCAUACAACUCUGGAGUUUGUUUGAAUUUACUUGGGGACUAUUCAGAAUUGUCAAUGUUUAAACAUUUUUUUUUACUUUUUUUUUUGGGGGGGGGGGGUGAUUUAAAAAAAUAACUGAUAAUAAAAAUUCAGUUUUUAUUUUAAAUAGUUAUAUACAUUAUAUACAUAAGAUACACUAUUCAACAACUGAAGAAAAAAAAUAUAUCAAGGUGGCAAAAACAUCACUUUCAUUCCUGAUUAAACUGCAAAGUAAAGUUUGUUUGUUUAAGCCAGGAAAAGCAGUCGGUAACUACUGCUUUUGACACUUUUGAUCUGACUUUUUGGUUUAUUUAAGGCAUUACUUUAUUCGUCAGUGUAUAGAAUAUAUUACGAAGCCAUCAAUAUUAAUAAGUCGAUAUUUGGUCGGUUGGGUGGUUUAAAACAAAUUUAAAACUAAAAGUUAACAUUGACUAUUCUAAAUGGUCCCCUUUAAUGGAAAAAGUUGUUCUAUCAAAAGAUGAUAGUGUUUGACAAUCAAAAUGUUUCUCAGGUUAAAGAUUCAAAGUAUUUUGUUUUGGAAUUUCAAUACUUUAUUUAUUAAGUUUUGACCUUUUGACCUGUUGUAUAAUUCUAAAGGUCUGUAUUCCCAUGUUUUCAGUAUCCUGUGGUUGGCCAGCCACAGGUGCCUCUUGGUAGGAAUGGAACCCAUUGACCUUGUUUAGAGCAGAUGAUUGAAGCCGUGCCAUUGCCAAUGUUGUACUUAUCCUUUAAAUAGCCACACAUCUAGUUCAUGUUAGAACGUGUUCACAUGGAGCAAGUUCCAGUGCUGGUUGACCAUUGGUUGACUACUGUGGUUGACCAUUUGGAACCAGCCUCGGGACCUGUGGUUCAGAAGGGAACCAGUGACACUAUAGCGAAAAGGUUUGAAGGCAAUGGAAGUGUUUAAUAACGUGGUACCGAUGGUUGACUAGAUUUUCAAACGAGGCGUUCAAGUGAGUGCGUUACUGCGCAUGGAAGUUGCUGGUCAGUGGUCCAUUAUGGGUCGACUAAAAUAACGUGAGCACUUGAACUUGCUCAUUGCUGUUAACUUUGAUGACAAUACUGCAAAUAUAGACACUUUGCUCCAGAUGUCGUUGCUGUGGGACACAACCCUCAGGUAGAGGAUAUGGCCCAUCCUAAGCAAACACGCAGACAUCUUAGCUGUGCGUUUUCCAUUGUUCACCAUUGUUUUACUUCUAAGAUGGCGGCAGGGUUACAUCAAUGUAUAAGGUUAUUGCCUCAGCAACAAUUGUCACUAUGGUAUAGACAUACUCUCUUACCUCCAUACUUUGGCUUACACAUAAGGUGUAGCAUAACUGUUGGAUGCUCGAGGUCAUUGGUCUUAAACACAACGGUGGCGUUUUAUAACAGAACAACUUCCUUAUCUACAUGUCAAAUUAUUGUAUUUAUUCAGUUGUGUAUAUUUGAGAUUUUAAAAAAAAUAGAGAGUUUUUUGACUACACAAAUAUUCUAUAUUAAGGUGUGUGAUACUUACUUUUUUUUCAGAUUCCAAAGUUAUUGAAAUAUUUGCCAAGAACUUUGACAGUUUUUUGCACCUGGAAUGUUUGAAAAUUCUUAAGAGUUUUGAUUUAUUUGGGGGCUAGUGUGAUCGGAUUUGUGCCUGAGAGAGGAUUGGUUCUUGCCUUUGUGUUUCCACAAAUAAUUUUGAAGUGAUCACUGUUUUCAGAUUGACAUUGCAUGAUGCUGAGUGGUCUGAAACCAUGCUUUAGUUCUGACAAGGACUUUAGGAUGUUAGUCUGAUAACUGUUCACACUUAUCAGCUGUGCUGAUUCGUCUAGAAUGAUUUGAUAUGCUACUGGCUACCAAUCAAAAAUGUUGUUUCAUUGGGAUCCAAUGUUUUUUUUGUCAACAAAGGAAAUUUGUUCUGUUGUUUGAUAUCCAUCAAUUUAUUGAGUCAGAAAAACACUGAAGAUAAGGAAAUCUUAACAUUUCUUUCAAAGCAGGUAUAUACCUACUCAAAACAAUUUUAGCUCGCAUAUUUCACUUUGACAUUAAAAAUAACAUUGCAAAUGACUGCAUAGUUUUGCAGCCCCUUGGAUUUUCAUCUACCAAAGUUUAAAUGUAUCAUUUGUGAAUUUCACUAGGCAAGAAAAAUCCUCUUUUUGUGAGCUUGCUGCAAGUCAGCAGCCAUGUUUUGCUAUUGGCUGUCUAUUUACAUACAUCUUUGCGUUUGUGGUACAUCGCUUGGUCUAUUAAUAGAAAUAUCCACAAAUAGUGUAAUACUUUUUUGUGGCAGGUAUUGUUUUUGUGGAAUGUGUGUCAUGUGACUAUGUCAUGUGACUAUGUCAUGUGACUUGUCAUGGGACACAAACCAACCCUGCUGGUUCAGGGUAACCUGUUGGUUGUACAGAUUUUAAAAAGCUUUAAAACACAGCUGUUGAAAAUUGAAAGAGAAACCAAAUAAUGCUAUCUGGUAUAGUAACACGUGAUUAUUCAUAUGCAGGGGCCAUUGUAGGCCACCGACAUGAAUAACUUCUAUUUGAUCUAUAGGAAAAGCGCUGUGAAAAGGAGGUACAAUUUGGGUGGCAGGAAAAGGAAAUUUGAAGGACUGUGAAAGUAGAAAUCCUUUGAGUGUUGUGCAAGUUUAUGCCAGUAAAGUGUUUAAAACAAGGGUUGUUUAGUACUGAGUGUAUGUAUUCAUAUUCCAGGCUUAAGCUCCUUAAAACUUUCCAAGAAAGUUUGUUUGCUUUUUUUGUAUCUUAGAACACAAGUAUGCACUAAAGGGAUAAUUCAUCAUGAGUAUGUCUUGCAUUUUAAACUUUUUUUAUUAACUUAAAACAUGUUUAGUAAAAUGGGGGGAAAGUUAGUCGUUAUUUAUUAAACUGAAACGGAAUGUUAUGGGCGCUGAUCACAUCAUGCUGAUAAACAUUUUUUUAUCAAGGCCCAUUUUUUAAAAUUAUUGAUAUCCCAAAUAUUUGAUCGAGGGAUUGUUGAUCCUGUCAAUUGGUUUGUUUCCUCUUCUUAUAUAACUUCUUGAACCAUGUCUGUUUGAAGCUUCUUACACUUUGAAAAUAACAAGUAAAAACUGAAACAAAAAGGUACAGCUGAAAAUCUGUUUGUGUAACAAAUUGACUUGGGUUUUUAACCCCAGGUCUUGUGACUGAGACGCGAGCCACAACUAUUUUUUGCACAUUUCUUAUUAUUUCAUUUUGAUGGAUAACUUAACUUUUUUAUCAAAACUGCUUUUUGAAUUUAUAGAUUUGGAAGGCAUUUUAUUCUUGCACCAGUUUAUGACUUUAUUUCAGUAUUACCCAAUCAGCACUUCAAAAAAUUUUCCCUGAGUACUCAUCAAAGAUCUAUAGUACAAGUUUUUCUGAAUUGUUAUAAUAAAAUUUACAAAAAAAUUCAUUGUACGGAAUGAAGUUUCUGUAAUGAAAUGGAAUAAUACUCGGUUUUUCAAUAAAGUACUGUCUGCUUCAUUCCAAUGCAUGAAACGCCUAAUGUUCAGGGCUCAUUCAUUGGAUAAUGCAGUUUUAUCAACAUUUUUUAUGACCAAUAACUUAGAUUUAGAUUGUAAAGUAAAUUGGAAACAUUUCCAUGGAAUGGCUCUAUUUGAUAGAUAGAUUUCAAUCAAUCAUCCUCGUCUUGUUAAAAAAAUAAAGUUCUAUUAAUAAUCUUAGGACAUUUAGCUUAAUGGGGGAUCAGAAAACACAUUUUAACCAAAAUGAAACUACGUUUUUAUUUCACAAUAAGCGUUAUCCUUAGCCUUAAAUGAAUAUUGUAACAUAACAACUUUGAAGAUCUUCCAAAUUCAAUUGUAUAUGUAUUAGACUAUUGUAUAACAAAGUGUGAAAAUGAUACUAUUGUUAUUUGUGGCUAUUAGUGGUCUUUUUCUACAACAGUCAUAUCUGCAUUUGGGUAGGUUAGAACAGCCAGAUAUUACAACAUUGGUUUUAUCUUUGUGUGCAAACACUUUACUAAACUGUGGUAAACAACAAAUUUCUCUCUAUAACUCUUUCAGAUUUUGAAAAAAAAGAAAAGAUAUCAGGUAAAUACUAAACAUAUUAUUAUGGUGUGAUUCAACCAGUUUUGUAUCUAGUUGAUCAGCACAAUUGUACUCAUAAAUUUAUUAAUCAAAUUUCUUCUGAAUAUUUGAUUCAUACUUAAAAACGAAACACCCCCCCCCCCAAAAAAAACAAAAAACAAGAUGUGGUCCAAAUUAUGUUACCUUAUAACAAUGAAGUCCUAAAUUGGAGAAUAAACUUAAGUCCUAGGCUCAGGGCGUAUCUAGGCUAGGGGGGUACCAAGGCUUAGGGCAUACCUAGGCUAGGGGGUACCAAGGCUCAGGGCGUACCUAGGCUAGGGUACCCCCCUUUUCACCUAUUUGGAAAGGUCAUUUAGAUGAAAAUCCACAUAAUUUAGUAUUAAAAGUACUUCCAAUUCACUUCCAAUGCCUCACAAACGCAAUCACUUUUACUCUGCGAUCCCUUCAACCCGAUGACUAGCAAAUUAUUAAGAAGAAAAAAAAACUACAUUAUUCUAUAGCCAUUGAUCCCAAGAUAAGGGACUGGAAAAUGCAAAUUAUCCACAUUGUUAAACAAAAAUGAUAUAAUGUUUACCUGCUGUAGUAUUACAGUAAGUAACUCUUACAGGUACUUCAUGUGUAAAAACAAAACGUUUAGCCUAUGGUAUCUCUGUUGUGACCCACCAGGGCCCAUUGUCAUGGCUCUGCUUACCGCUGAAUUCUGCGCUUGCGAUUACCAUUCUCUGCUUACAGGGCAAGCGCUGACUUGUAUGCACUAGCUGUGUAAGCGUAGAAUACCUAGUAACAUGGAGUAUGCACAGGCAAAAUUUCUCUACUAUGAAAUAUGCUUGACGUAAGCUUGGAAUUCCCUGCAUCUGUAACACAGUAAGCAGUGAUUAUUGCUUAUGCUAAGCAGAUAUUAUUGCUUACAGUAAGCAGAGCCUUGACAUUGGGCCAAGGUGUAUUGUGGAAAACUGAAAGUACGUACUUGGCUGAUCAUAUCAGCUCACAGCUGUGCAUUAACAGUAGACUUUUUUUGCAAUAUGUAUAAACUUGUUGUAGUCUCAGGCUUUAGAUCAUUGCCGGAAUUCUUGAAGGUAUUUCUCACAUUAAGAAACGAAGGACUGUAUAACUUCCACUAUGUUUUGCAAUACAAACGAUUGUUCUUAAUGUGCAUCCUUGCUAAAAUGUUUUACAAUUUUAUUUUUUAAACUUCUCAUAAUUCAAAAAUAUACUUCAUAUAUUGGGAAAGUGUAGCCUAAAGUAGUUGUACCUACAAAUCAUCCAUAUAUCAAUUAUUACAUGGUAUCAAUUAUUACACAAUAUCGAUUAUUACGGUAUUGAUUAUUACAUGAUAUUGACUAUUAUGGUAUUGAUUAUUUCAUGGUAUCCAUUAUUACACAAACACAUCAUCUGCACUAGCUUCUCAUGUUUGGCCAACAUCCAUUGUGUGAAUGGCGUGGAAAAACUAUAUAUAAACAAAGAGUUACUUUUUGAAUUAUAAAUAUAAUCAUUAUGAUAAAAAAAAAGAUCAAUUUAAAGUAAUAUUCAAUUGUAGUGGUGAGCUUGUGUGAGGGAAGGGGGUUGGUGGCACUGUGUUAUGCUAAUGUCAAACUAUUCAAAGCAGUACAUGUAUGUCUGGCGGUAUAUGGUUCAGCCAAGUUCCGAUUUGUAAAUAAAUUUUUAAUUGCUUCUAUCAGCUAA